GCGGUCGGGUCAUAUGAUGUUUACGUCUCAAUUUCGAUUCGCUUGGUUAAUGCGCAAUUCAUAAUGUGCUACGAGUCUUUUUGAACUGGCUGCAGGAAUAAUAAGUGUCGAGUUCAAAUGUUUACGCAUGUCUUCGAUUUGCCAGUCUAGGGUACAUGAUGUGGAUUGUAAAGCAUAAAUCCGAGUUCUACAGAUUGAGGGCUUUGAAUGACUCAUCCAAGAAAAGUUAUCAGACGAUCUGGUGACAUCUUCAAAAGCCUACCACAAUAGAUGAGAAUGGCGUCACCAAAGUCAACCUCAGAUUCUUUGCAUCAGAAGCUGGAGGAGUCGGGCUUGGACAUCAAAUACUGGUCCAAAGUCUUGAAGUCUGACCUCGAAAUAACGAAACUGCAGCAAGUUUGUCAUCUUGAUGCUAGUGAAAUUGACAUCCUCUCAAAGAGCAAGCGACACAACUGGGAAAUUGGUGCACUGAAACAGCUUGUCCAUUCGAUUAAGCCUGGUGAGAAUAUCACGAAUAAGCACCAGAGGGCUGAGUUACUUGUCAAUCAAUUGAAAGACCUGAACGAUACUAUCGGGGUUCGAUCAGACAAUCUCAUUAAGAAUCAAGUAGACAGACUUUGUCUCGAAUUAGAAGUCCCACCUGCUGAAUGGUUGAAACAGUAUGAUUCUGAGACAAUUAGCGAUGUGGUAACUAGCAUGACUGUUGAUCUAGCAAAGCUUGAACCACGAUUGGUAAAUGUGACUGUCGAAGCAAGCAGUGAUCAGGUUUUGAACAAUGCAAGUGAUGGCUUGGCCCUGCGUGGUGUUCUACUGACUGAUGAUCUAAAGGAACGCAUGGAAACUCGUGCGAAGGUUCUAUCUGCACCCCCCUCUAUCGAAUUACAUCCCCCUAAGUUGACUGAACGUACACUCCAGAGAGAGCUUUCCUCAAAACGUCAAUGUGAAGAAUACAAAGAUAUGCUGCAAACCCUGGGAUACAACAUUGCAUCAAAGCAGGGAACUGACACGAAAAAUGUUGUUCCGGAGAAUCAUGGCAGAGACAAUCUUUAUUAUUCAAGGACUUGUAGUGUCGUGGUUCCAACUGCAUUGAUAGAUUUAAAUGGGACCUCUUCAUUGAGGCUGUCACCAAAUGCUCUCGAAGAACUGCAGAUCAUUGACAAGCUGCUGACUACAGGCGGCGGCGAAGGCUUGGUAAAAAGUAAGUGUAAAGACUUUCUGAAAAAGUACGGUUCACAUGUAAAUAUUGGAAACAUUCAUUUUGGUGGUGUCUAUACAUACACUGUUGCAUAUUCUGGCUGUGGUUCCUUAGGCCCAUCGCAGCAGUCAAUGGUAGACAUGGUAAGUGAUAUUCUGAGUGCAGUUGUAUCAGCCAGCUAUACUACAUUGCUCCCUCUUUUAAAAGCUGAUGGGUCUCUCAAUUUCGAAAAGCUACGACAGCUCGGUCUUCUUUCAAAUUCGUAUGACUCGUCAUUGCUGUUAAAAACCAGUGUACAUAUCACGAGAACAGGUGGCAUGGAAACGAUUGCAUCUGUUCCACUUUGGAAGGCAAGUCUGCAGCUUGGUAAUGAUAUGUGUUCAGUUGUUGAUAGAGGCUCUUCCUUCUCUGUUGAUUUCUGUAGUAUUUGGGACUUGCUCCACUACCACCAAGGAGAUGUUGAUGAUGCUGGCAAACUGGCCGACAAAUUGCUCUGUGAAUGGCAGAAUCUCGGUGGGGAAAUUUCCCCUGUCCCAACCACACCUACUACUAGUGACGAAAAUCAAUUGGUCGCCUUCGAUGAGCUAAAGAAAGUGGUGGAGAAAAUUGAGGACUGGGUCAAAGAUCCAGAGUUGCUUCACAGUGUCAUGGAUUAUUUGGAACAGCUUCAAAAGGCUGUUCAUCGCACAAAGAGCAAAACCCAAUGGCAAAAUAUUCUUAGUAAGGUUCCUGUUGUUUCAGCGUUCUUUUACAAAAUAAUGAAUCUAGAACUGGGCAGUAGCAUCAUUCACCAUACAAAGAUGAUCAUUGAAGACAUGGCAAUAGAUUGGGCGGGGGCGGUAGACUUUGAUUGCAAGGACGAUAUCAGAAGGUGGAUUGCUGUGACACCUCAACUAAAUAUCGACCGUUUGAAAGACUUUACGGCCAGAAAUGUUGAAGGUCUGCUUAGCUUUAUAGUUGAAACUUUAUUGCCUUGUUUUGAAGCUGGUAGGGCAAAUUCAGAAACAGUGACAAAAGAUCUUGCUAUCUGCAUCAGUAAAGUAAGUAAUUGCUUGAAAAGUAAUGAAGAAUUUCAUCAGCACUCGUUCCUUAUCACAAUGUUACAUUGGUUAUCCUAUGACAAGAAACUGAUGUGCUUCGAGCAGAACCUGACCUACAAUCAGAUUAAAUCAUUCUCCGUUGUGUUACAGCAACAACAGAAAAGGUAUGAGGAAUAUGCAGCUGCUGGACAAAUUCAGUUGGAGGCAUAUCUGCUAUGGCUUGUUCUUGAUACUGAUAAAACUUGCCAUAGUACCGUCAUGCCAAUGGAGGUUGAAAACAAGCUCCAUCAGGCUAUCGAAGACUUUAAGGCUGUAAUGACAAAAGAUGUUAAAAAUGUGACUGAUCAGUACGUCGACACAAAGAAUUGGGAAGGCUUUGAAAAAACGCUUACUACGUUUAUGUGUCAUGGAAAAAAAGCACUUGAAACUGAACCGUUAGUUCUUCCGAUAAGCCCAUCACGUGAAGACGGCCCUGUUCAAGAAACCACUCCAGUUCAAACGAAGGAGCUUCGACUGGAGCAGGCCGAUGCUCCAUGUGAAAAACUACUGACGCAAUUACAUUUAGGCCACAUGUACCCUCGCAAAAUCACAUUGAGGCACAUCAUUGCCAUCAAGAAAGAUCGCAAUGAAAAACACAAAUUAGAUCUUGCAGAUAUACCGUGGGUAAUUCUGCAGAGGAUACUAAUGAUCGAUUACAAUGGUAGAAAUACAGCGUGGGAGAGAAGGUUGGUCGAUUGCAGUGACGCUCAUGACAAUACUGAUUCCGGUGAUUUUCUAGAAAACCUUCUGGCGGGAAUUGAUAACUGCUCAUCCAGUAUCAAUAUCCCCAACCCAAUGGACAUCUUCAUCGCAACAUUCAGUUGUUGUGAUCUCAUGCUACGUCAGGUGAUCUUGGAGAAAAUGAAUAUGUGUCGGCUGGCUGUUCCCCUUGUCAUGCCCGAUUUGUCUGAACCAGAUCUGACAUUGUGUUUCUGGGCUCUGAGGAGUGUUGUGGUGGAGUGUUUCGAAGUUGGACAUGCCGUUGAGCGUUCUUUGGUUGAGUGUCAGAUGAAAAUUGCUUCCUUUGUCAGACUUGGGGAAUCAUCACUCUCAAAGUCACAGCUCCUGAAUGAUAUACUCAAUGAGCAGAGUCAUCAUACUUUCUUCAGCAAACAAUGUAGCAGUUUAGGGAAUUCUGAUAGAUAUGUAUCUAAUGGCUUGAUUGAAGCGGCUUGGUAUCUUCCAAGUGAUCGAGAUUGCAACGUAUUUGAUGAUGUUACCAUGUUUCUGAACCUUCGAGGCGAUGCAUUCAAUUACUCAAGACAAACAAGACUGGUCGGUUUUAUAUCAUCAGUUAUAACGAUAAUUGUUGAUAUCAAAACACUUGCAGACGAUUGCACUGUUGAUGCCAUCAGAUCGUUUCAGCAAAAUCAGGCUGGCAUAAUCAUUGUCCUGAUUGGUUCUGCUAACACCGAUGCCGUCAAGUCACUGAUCGCAACCUUUCGAGAAAAAUUUGGUACUGAGAACCUCUUAGCCUUGAAAGUAGUAAACGCAAUGAAGAGCGGAAGGGAUAAAACACUGAUUGAGAUCAGACACGAAGUCCGUGACAAUAUAUGUUUGUUCCUUAAAGAAAGACCAAAAACGACAUUCGAACAUCUCAGACUGAAAGCAUUAGAAGAACAAAUCUGUGUAGACGAAAAUGACGAAGUGUGUCAACAGGGUAAAGGAUUUGCUGAUAAAGUGGUAAACCACAUCAAAGACAUGUCGAUUGCAAGAGUUAAGAAUGAGAUGCUGCCAAUACAGAAAGAUCAUUGGCCCGAGUGGAGCAGGUUACUGAAAGCUAAAAAUCGCACAACUGGCAAGGAACGAAAGACAACAUCUGUCCAGGAGAGCGAUAGGUUUAUUCAACAAAUGGCAUCAGUAAGAGAGGAACAGUUGAAAAAGUGCAAGACACUGUCACCAAUGAUGCAAGCAUUUUCCUCAACGCUUGGUGAACUGAUUGAUACACCAAACAAAAUGAUGUUCUUCCUUCAAUGGCUGAAGCUGUACUUUGAUAAGCGAUCACGAGAAAAUUUGCCGAGUCUCAGACAAGAAUACAACAAGCUAUGGGCCCAAUCAAAGGUAGCCAAAAGCAAGCCACCAGAAGAUCCGACCUCUCUCAAGGAUUUGGAAGAAGGAGUACAAAGUGCUGAGCUUCGUUUGGCUGAGGCGUCAUGCGGCCUUGAACACCUUCUCCGAGAAGUUGGACAGCUUUACGAGGCCAGCAAGGAGAGCAAUGUCCCCUUAGCUCAAAAUACUCAGAGGGUGAUAGAUCAGCUCCCGAUGAUAGCUGCUAAACUGAUUCUUCUUGGCCAUCCAAUAGAGUUAAUGGACGGAGAUGCUGCAAACGUCCCUCAGACAUGGGUUCAGGCAAUAUUAAAAUGUCUUGCCUCCCUAACAGGAGACAAACGCGUGUUCGUGUUGUCAGUCCUUGGUAUCCAAAGUUCAGGCAAAUCAACUCUAAUGAACACCAUGUUUGGUCUCAGAUUUGCAGUGAGUGCGGGUAGAUGUACAAGAGGGAUGUACGUGCAGCUUGUAGAAGUGGACAGGUCGGAGACAGGUUUGCCUUUUGACUAUAUCAUGGUUGUGGACACGGAAGGUCUCAGGGCCCCUGAACUCUGUCACGAUAAACACGAGCAUGACAAUGAACUGGCGACCCUCGUGAUUGGGCUAGGGGAUGUCGUCAUUUUGAACAUCAAGGGGGAAAAUGUGGCAGAAAUGAAAGAUGUCCUCCAGAUUGCUGUGCAUGCAUUCCUGCGCAUGAAAAUUGUACAACUGCGGCAGACAUGUGUGUUUAUACACCAAAAUGUCUCGGCAGCAAAUGCAAACGAAAAGAUGAUGCACGGUAGACAAGCACUGUUGGACAAACUGGAUGAAAUGACAGAACAGGCUGCAGAACAAGAAGAGAUGAAAGAUAUUCACACCUUCAGUCAAAUCAUUGAUCUCGACCUGGAGAAAUGCGUUUGGUAUUUUUCGGAUCUCUGGCGCGGUGACCCACCCAUGGCUCCUAUCAAUCCUGGAUACAGCGAAAGAGUGCAGAGUGUGAAGAAAUGCUUGUUGUAUAAGAUUGCAAAUGCGCAGCAGCAGAAGUGCCUUUCUAUGACAAACCUGACGACUCGAAUACAAGAUCUUUGGCAGGGAAUUCUUGCAGAUGAUUUUGUUUUCAGUUUUAGGAACAGCUUGGCAGUCAAGGCAUACAGUGGGCUUGAGGACAAGUACCAUGAAGUUGCAUGGGUCAUCGAACGGAGUAUCAUGAAGUGGUCUUCAGAAACAGCACCAAUCAAACUUGAACGGUGUGAAACAGAAGGUGCUCUUGAAACUACAGCAGGAGAUUUACUCAACGAACUUAAGUCUAAAGUAGCCGACAUCUUGAAGGUUGGAACCACGGAAUUGGAGCAGUACUUUGAACAGAAUUCCCUGCAGGACAUUAUAAUUCAAUGGAAAGAGGAGAAGAUGCACUCUUACCGUUGCUUGGCAGACGCCCUUGAUACUCGAACACGCAAGGAUAUAAUUCAAAAAAAGGAAGUUCUGAAGUUUGAACUGCGUAACACAACAAAACAGGAGGACCUUGAUCAGAGAAUCGUGUCGAAGGCAUCCGAAUUGGCAGAAAAGCUGAGAGGGCAACGUCUUCCUGAAAAUGAGUUGCAGUCGAAGUUUGACUCAAUGUGGGUAGGAUGGGUGACGGAACUGGCACCGCCUCCAGAAAGGCAUGACACUCCAGUUGCAGUAGAAGUAGAGCAUGUUUUGUAUAAGUGGCUAGACAGAUACCGAGUUGAUGUGAGAAAGGAAUUAAAGCUGCAUCCCCUCAGUUCUCCCUUUAAAGGGUCAUCCCUCUUUGGAACAUUCAGAAUGGAAAGUGGUGACAUUCGCCAAGUCAAGUGUCUUGCGGACAAAGUUAGAUAUGCCCUUUUCGAUGCUGGUAGGGGAGAUGAAGCCUUUCGCAAGCAGGUAAUUGACUUUACUGAGAAAAUCUUUGAAAAAAUGGAGCUUUAUUUCAAAGACCUAUUGUCAAUGGACUCUAAAUUUCAGCCUUUCUAUGCUGCAGAAGUUGUGAAGACUGUGACGGAGCACGUUGAGUGUCACAAUAAGCAUGAUUCCCAAUCACGACGAUUCACCUUCUUACCAAAAUACACAGUCCGGUUGACAGUGCAUGUUUGUCGUCGAGCAGUUCAGGUGUUCUCGGAGUUGAGGGAGACGUAUGAGAGCAAACACAGUCCAGCAGGAAAGCUUGAAAUCAUGAGGAAUGCAGCAUUCAACGUCUUUAAAAACAAGGUAUUCAACAGUACCAAUGAACGAGUGGCAGCCGACUUGUUUUGUGAUCGUCUGGCAGAAUUGAUAAAGCGGAGAGUCAGUGAGAAAAUGCCCAUGAUGGUAUUUGAAGAGGUGUGCAAUGACUUUUCGCAGAAGAAGUACCAUCUCAUCAUUGCAGUUCUGGAAGAUCUUGCUGAUCGUGAUAUCUUUGACGAAUGGGCAGAGUUUCUGGCAGACUCAAAGACCUACACGUUCAAAUGGAUGACGGCGGCAAUCAACAAGAAGUGUUUAAGUUCUAACUUAGAACAAGGCGGAAGCUAUUAUAGCUUUGCAAGUUCUUGCCUCAGUACCGUUCUCAGCGGCGUACUAAAAUGUGUCCGUAUGGCAUCUGAGCAUGUCCACCAGUACUCACUCCAAAAUCCCUAUUCAGCAGCAACUAUUAUCAAUGAGUGGAUGCGGAUUUUUUGUGAUCAGGCAGAGACCCAUCUUGCUGUAAGAGAGGGACAGAUAAAAUAUAUUGCAGAACAGGGGGUAACCGACUUUGAGAACUUUGAAAAGUUAGCGACCGAGCGCCUUAGACAAGUUAAAGAAGAAAUGCUUUGUAGCUAUCGAGAGAUGAACACCAUUGUAUGGGAAGGAUCUACACCUUCUCAAAUGGUUAUGGACAAACUGUGGGGAUGUAGCGCCCAUUGCCCUUUCUGCAAAGCACCGUGCCAAUGGACGGAUUCCAGCCACUGUGAAGGCGCAAAUAAGGUCAGUCACAGGUGUAUCCAACACCGUCCGGAAGGCCUCGGAGGUUACAGAUGGACUAAUGGUGACCGCGCCGGACGCUUGACUGUUGAGUCGUGCAACUAUUUAGUUCAGAUGACAGGAGCUAGUUUUAGCUGUCGAAACGAGCCAAAUACAUGCACUGGAAACGUGGAGAAUCACCCUUACACGAAAUACAAAACAUACUAUCCACUGUGGGAUAUAUCUCCAAGUGCGACCAUGGAAUCGUCAAAGUUUUGGAUGUGGUUCAUGGCUUCUCAUCAAGAGCAGCUAAAAGACCACCAUGAGGCCAAGUCACCAGAUAUACCAAAAUCGUGGUAUCAAAUCACAAAGGAGCAGGCCUUGAAGAGCCUGAGAGAAUCCCUUUAAAUUUGGAUGGACCACAGAUCAGUCAAAGUUAUAGGGUAUAGACAUGGAUUCUAGGGCAU